AUGAUUUUCUUUUUACUUGUCACUUAUUUUCUCAUAUUUUGUUUUUUUUUUCUCUUACAUUUAACAUCCAAAUCCUAUGCUCACUUCUCUAUAUUUCCUUAUCUUUUCUUUUGUAUUUCUUCUUUUCGUCAUUAUCUUUGUUCUCUUCCUCUCUCUCUUUACCUAUCUCUCCAUUUCUCUCAAACACUCUCUCUUUAUCUAUAUUUCUCUCUUGCUCUCUCUCUCUAUCUCUCUAUUCUAUCCCUCUCUUUCCCUUUAUCUAUCUACAUUUCUCUCUUACUCUCUCUCUAUCUCUCUAUUCUCUUCCUCUCUCUCCCUUUAUCUAUCUAUAUUUAUCUUUCUAUUAUCUCUGUUUCUGUCUCUGUCUCUCUCUAUAUUCGGCUAUUUUUUUUUUCUGAGAAAUACAAAUCACCAGCAUCGCAUCUAACACCGCCGACCCUGUGCAGCUUUCUAUCUGACGCUCCGUUGCAGGGAUACUCCUAUGAGACACUUGUUUAUGCUCCCCUAACCAUGGCCAACUACAUACCCACACGUUUUUUCUAUUUUUAUCCCAAAUCAUUUUCUACAUCCCUUUCACUCGUGACGGUUUACUAA